UCUGGCCCAGGUAGUGACAACCAGUCUUAAGUAAAACUGUCUAACUUUCUCUUUCGUUUUCUUGCGUGCACACAAGGCAUUUUCAGAUUUUCAACAGAGUAUGGCAGCCGAAAUAUUGGACAGGGAAAGGGGGAACCUUGUGAAGAGAUUAAACGAGGCCAACAUCAAACGUCUAGUAGAUAUACUCUUUAGCCAAAACGUGAUCAAUCAAUUUGAGAAGGAAACCAUAAUGGAGACACAUGGGCGGGCAGAUAAAGCACGCGUCCUUGUGGACAUUACCUAUGCCAAAGGUGAACGUGCGUCUGAGCUCAUGAUCACCCAACUAAAGGUUGUUGACCUCAUGCUGUACAAUGACAUCUUUUUAAAAAUGGAUUCCAUGGAUUGCAUGGAUGGAUCUCCAGUUUUCAACAUGAGAUGAUGUGAGAUGACUGAAGAGGAGAAAAUAGCCACCUUUUAAUACCACAAUCCGGAGCCUGUAGAUUUUUCUGUUGUUUAUACCUUAUCAUAUCAUCCUUUCAAGGUUAAAAAGCAUUCUCAAUAAAUAAUCUACAUUGAA